GGGUGAGAUGGCUGGAGGAGACGGGGCUGCGAUCGGAGGGGGCGUCGCCGGCCGGGCGGGGAGUGAGGCCGCCGGGCUCUGACCGCCGCCUCGCCCUCCGAGGGAUGGAGGUUGCGGGGCAGGAGGAGAGCAGGAAGGAGCACUGGAAGUUGCUCGGCAACCUGAAGACGACAGUGGAAGGUUUGGUGUCUAUAAACAAUCCCAACGUCUGGUCUAAGUAUGGUGGCUUGGAGCGACUCUGCAGGGACAUGCACAGCAUUCUGUAUCAUGGGCUCAUUCCAGACAAGGUGUGUUGCAGGCAGAGGGAUUAUUGGCAGUUUGUGAAGGACCUCCGUUGGUUGAGCCCACAUGCUGCCCAUCACAUUGAAAAGUUUAUCAACCUGUACGAGAACGGACAGCGGAACACCGACGGCGCCUGUGAUCGAGCCAUUGCAGAGGCGUGGCUCCAGCACAGCCUGCAGUUCCAUUGCCUGUCAGCUCAGCUGAAGCCUCUGCUUGGGAACAAACAGUACACCAGGAAGUUCUAUGCAGACUCCGCAUUCCUGCUCAGUGAUGCUCAUGUGACAGCCAUGUUACAGUGCUUGGAGGCUGUCGAACAGAACAACCCCCGGCUGCUAGCUCAGAUAGAUGCAUCUAUGUUUGCCAGGAAGAGCGAGUCCUCUGUGCCUGUGACAAAGAGCCAAAGUCUCACAGCGCUUCCUGGAUCCAUAUGUACCCCUCCAGCUGAAUGCACGACCCACCGGUAUUUUGGCUCCUUCUCAGGUCUUUACUCCGCCUCUGCCAGCAUUCAAGACAGGAGACCAUCAAACACUUGGGUUUGCAGUGGCACCAGCCAGCCUCAGGAAAACUCCCAGUGUGCCUCAUCUCAUUGGCAGCCGGAGGGCAGGUCCCCCCAGUGGCAAGCCGCUCCUCUUCCACACCUCACCGUCUCUCCCCCGAGAGAUGCCUCCCUUCCUGGCGAGAUGAGCGCCAGCACCUCGGCCAACGAUGACCCGUGGGCAGCCAGCCAGGAUGACACAGACGGGCCAGAAUACCUGGCGAUUGGGAACCUGGGCCGGCAGAGUCAGGCUAGUGGUAGCCCAGCUCAGUCCGGCACAUCCACUAGCAACAGUGCUGAGAGCAGCACCUCCAACCUGUUUUCGUCCAGCAGCUCCCAAAAGCAGGAGUCCGUUUCCUCCUUGGGAGAGCAGAGAGCAAGUGGCGGCAGCAGCAGCAGCCGAGGGAUGAGCCUCUUCCGUAGGUCCAGCUUCUCAGAGGGUCAGACGUCAGCUUCCCGUGGGGUGCUCAAGAGGAGCCACGUACGCUCCCAUUCAGACACCAAUGUGGCCUCUGGGAAAACGCAUGAGUCCAGUGGAGACAUUUCCAGGUUCCAAGGCAGCAUGUCCUGCUCGAUGCAGAGCAGCCAGAUGAGCACCCCUGGAUCUGUUUACAUGGAAUACGAUACCGGGCAGUAUCUAAGCUCUGGGGAAGGGAUGUUCCGGAGGCCCUCAGAAGGCCAGUCCCUGAUAAGUUACUUGUCAGAGCAAGAUUUUGGCAGCUGUGCAGACCUGGAAAAGGAAAAUGCUCACUUCAGCAUCUGCGAGUCGCUCAUUGCUGCCAUUGAGCUGAUGAAGUGCAAUAUGACGAACAGGCAGCUGGAAGAGGAGGAGGAGGACAGCGACAAGGAGAUUCAGGAGCUCCAACAGAAAAUCCGCAUCCGCCGACAACAGAUCAGGACACGGCACCUCCACCCAGCGUACCGGGAGAUCAGCUCCGACAGUCUUAUGGCAACAGACAGUGGAUCCCACUUCGGCUCCCGGGACUCGACACACUUGUCUGACUCAGGUUCAGCAGAAGAGGUUGACGAGUAUGAGAUUAGAGAUGGUAACGAUGGAUCUAACCUGACUCAAAUAUCCAAGAAUGGCCUGUCGGUCUCAAUGGCUUCCUUGUUUUCAGAUGCAGACAUCAAGAGGAGUGCAGCUCCCAGCAAGAAGUCCUUCCACUCCUCAGGCUCCACCUUCCACUCUUUCCUCAACUCCAACUCAGCGGAGGCGGUGGCCAUGGGCCUGCUGAAGCAGUUCGAAGGGAUGCAGCUCCCUGCAGCCUCCGAACUGGAAUGGCUUGUGCCGGAGCAAGAUGCCCCGCAGAAGCUCUUGCCAAUUCCCGAUUCUGUGCCCAUCUCUCCCGACGAUGGGGAACACGCAGACAUCUAUAAACUCCGUAUCCGGGUCCGAGGGAACUUGGAGUGGGCGCCUCCCCGACCACAGAUAAUCUUCAAUAUCCACCCAACACCAACGAGAAAGGUGGCAGUGGCCAAGCAGAACUAUCGCUGUGCCGGAUGUGGCAUCAGGACAGACCCUGACUACAUCAAGCGCAUGCGCUAUUGUGAGUACCUGGGUAAAUACUUCUGCCAGUGUUGCCAUGAAAACGCCCAGAUGCUCAUCCCCAGCCGCAUCCUGCGCAAGUGGGACUUCAGCAAAUAUUGCAUCAGCAAUUUCUCCAAGGACCUGCUAAGCAAGAUCUGGAGCGACCCCCUCUUCAAUGUGCAGGACAUCAACACUGCCCUCUACCGCAAGGUCAAGCCACUCAACCAAGUCAGGCUGUUGAGAAUCCAGCUGUACCACAUGAAGAACAUGUUCAAGACCUGCCGCCUAGCAAAAGCGCUCCUGGAUGCCUUUGACACCGUGCCAGGUCAUUUGACAGAAGACCUCCACCUCUAUUCCUUGAAUGACCUGAGUGCCACCAAGAAGGGGGAGCUCGUUCCUUGCUUGACAGAGCUCCUCAAGGCAGGUACCCUGCACGUUGAGAAAUGCAUGCUGUGCCAGGCCAAGGGGUUCAUCUGCGAGUUCUGCCAGAACGAGGAGGACAUCCUCUUCCCCUUUGAGCUGAACAAGUGCAGGACAUGCGAAGAAUGCAGAGCCUGCUACCACAAGGUGUGCUUCCGCUCAGGACCCUGCCCCAAAUGCGAGCGGCUGCAAGCGCGGAGGGAGCUGCUGGCCAAGCAGAGAAUGGACGCUGACAUCUCGGACUACGAGGAGGAGGAGGCCGUUGAAGGAGCAGCCACGUGACAGACGAGAGGCUGUGACUUGGCCUCUGCCUCCAGGGACUGAACUGACAGAGAACUCAGACUGACUCUUCCACAGCUAAUAGACCAACGUGAUGGGAGCCUUGGGGGGGGGGGGUUUCCUCCAAAGGGUUAUUUUGCACUUGCCUCGGGAGGUUUCGGUGCUUCCCUUCCCUCUGAGCCACAGGGCGAGGAAGAGAGAGACUUGCUUGCUGUUUCCGGCACGAACUUUGAUGCACUGCGGAGUCCAGCUUCGCUGCCACCACAAAGAAAGUAGCAGCUGGCUUUGCCUUGAGCGCCUGAACCUCUCGCCACAUGCCACUUGGGAGAAGCUGGUGGGUGAUGCUGGUGGGCUUAUGUGGCUGAGCUCCUGGCCGAGUUCCAAAACACUCCUAAAGGGAAAACGGCCCACGUGGAAACUUGUUAUUUGCUGUAUUGGCUGCUGUGUGCCAGAAGAGGCAGCUUUUAUGUUUUUCUUUUGCCAAAACCACUGCCUAUAACACUGUAUACAUUGCUGCUGAAUGUCAUUUAUCUGGCCCUAAUUUUUUGUGCCUGAAUGAAGCCAGAGAACCGAAAGGGGCAUUCAACCUGCCAUUUUAUUCUGUCGGGAGCUGCCUAGCUACAGUGAAUACUGGGGGUGUAGAAAAUCUGCUGGUACCUAGUGGGGGAAGCUGAGAAGGGUGGAGUGAUAGUUCCCACACUCUUCUCAGAAUGAUCUGCCCACACACCCCAAUACCCUAUUAGAGAGGACCUAGCUCCUGCUUCCUUCCCUACCACCUUUUCUUCCAAUUUGCCUAAAAAGUCUUUUUCCUUGCAAGGGAAAUGUGAGUUGGCAGCUUGCAGAAAUAACUGUACCCUUCCAGGAUGCUGGUUUUGGCAGGGAUUCCAAUUUAAAGCCUACAUAGGGCAGAACUUGCGGCUUUCCUAUUGUGGAAGUUAACCUCUGGGCUCUUCCUUAGAUCAGAGAAGAUUUCUGACACUGUUGCAGCAAUGCAUUUGCUUCUCCUGCUGAUAUUUCUGCUGUGUUUCUGUCUUGACACCUAACCUCUAGGACUUAUCAAGGUUUGAUUGUAAAUUGGUAGGUGCCUUUUUUGUUUUUUGUUUAGGGUACAGGAGAUUUCCCAUUACUGGUCACGUUUCAUGAUCAAGCAGGCCAUGAGGAUGGAAAGGGGCAAUUAUUUAGUAGGAUGGGGGGCAGAAAUGGUGCUGAAGAUUGCAGUUCAUUUCCUCAUUCUUGCAGAAGCAUAGCAGGGUCCCUAGGAGCAGCGCUUAAAGCAGCCUUCAUCCUCCUGCUGUUUAGGCUCAACGGGAGCUGCAGUCCUGGAAGGAGUGCUAAUCUGGAGAAGACAGCCUUCCGGCAUGCUGGUGAGGUGGUGCUCUCUUGUUAACCACCAGUCAUUCUGCUAGAAUUAGGGGCUGAAGGGAAGUUAGCCGGCCUGUUGCACUGAAUAUGGCUUGGGUUCCUUCAGACACAAACAAAACUUCCUUUCCUCAUAUUAAUAGUUGAGCCUCUUUGUCAGAUCCCUUUAAUUUGGUCCUUGAAAUGCAGCUGUGCUUUAUAAUCAAGUAGGGUUCGUCCACACCAACUAGUCUUUAUAGUCUUUGCCCUGAUCCUGUUUUGCAACGCUUUCUCCUAGUACCUUCUUGCCCACCUCUGCUUCCCGUACCUUGUUCCUCAGCAGAGAUAUACAUCAGCCCUGCUUAAUCUCCAAGAGUCUACCUCGUCUCUUAAUCUCCAGGCUUUUUCAUCGGGGAAUCUCUGGCCUUUGGGGCUUGCUGUCAGCACUGGCAGCAAGUCCUGCAGGAUCCAGAACUCUGCAGUGCAGCCAAUCCCUGCUUUUGGCACGAAUCUUCCCUUUGCCGUCUGGCUUUGAUAUAAAGCCAGACUGCAGAGGAAGAAACAAUUGAGAGUGCUUAAGAGAGCCCUUUCAACAUUGGGUCAUCGGUCAAAAUGGCCUGCGGAGGUGGAGAAACUUGGGAUCUGGCCUGCCAGCUGUAUUCCGUCCCCCACCCCUGCUUUAACUCUGCUGGAGUCUUGUCCCAGGUGCCAUGUUGCCCUUGCGAUUUGGUGCCCUGACAGAUGUGCAACUGGUGACUUCUGUGAGGCACCAGCCACCCUCCCGUGUGCAGGUGAGGGUUUGGCCAGUUUCAGUUGAUACUUCUGCUUUUGCAAAGCCUGACGUUUCUCUUCGGAAUCCAUACAUUUGUUCGAUCUCUGUUCUUGCUUGCCUGUAGCCCUCAUGGCAUAUACUUGAGUUAUGUGCCGUGAGAUUAGCAGGAUUAUUUUACGCGACUUCAUCCCCCCCCGGCUGAUGCCGGUAUUCCUCUUAUGGUGAAAGCACUUCACACCCUUAUUGAUUAGGUGUGCCCUCCCAAACUUCUCCCAGACUCCUCUAUGUGGCAGUUCCUGUGUAGGGGGAGAAUAAAAUGGGAGGGCCUCUGAUGGCUGUGGGAGGAGCCUUCUCCUGUCAGAGGCUACAGUAUGGCAACAUACCCAAUUAUGUACACAGUGCUGUUCCGUAACAACCUCCUAGCAGAGCACAUGGUGUGGUGUGGUCCUUUCGAGUAGUCUCCUGUGUUGCUGCCUGGAAGCUGGAGAUUGUAUGUAUUCCUUGCAAUAUGACCAGACCUUCAAAGUCAGCUGGUUCUUGGACGUUUGAAGUGGCCCAGUCUGAAAGGACAGUUGGUUUGUGGGUGUUAGUGAGGGUCAGUGUGGUCUGUAGGUAGAAAUGGCAUGAUGUCCUGAGGAAGGAGGUGGCAUUUUUGGCAUAGGUCACUCAACUAGCACACAGCAGAAUCUCCUGCAGGAGGCAGCAUAUGUGCUUUUGUGCUGGCCUAGACUGCAAGACCCAUUUUUUAAAGAUGGAUAGCUGUGUCAUUUUAGCUACUGUAUUUUUUUAACUAUAUAGAAUACACUAGAAAAACCCUGACUGAGAUACGUUAAGCAGGAUAUACAGUUGACAAAUGCACAAAAUGACACAGUCGGUGGUUUGGUGAACUAGCGGUCUGGAAUGUGGGUGAUUGAACCAGCUGAAGUGAAGGAACAAGGAGCCAGGAACACAGGUUAACUCUCUCAGCAGGGUGGAUGCUUGCAAGAUGGCGAUGGGGGCACACCACAAGCACCCUGUCGACUGAACGCCUUGGGUAUUAUCACAAGAGGGUUAUUGGUGUUCGGUGGCAGUGGGGCGGUCCAUCCACCUCUCCCCACCCCCAAAGACAGAAUUUGCUGUGUCUCAAAGAGAACUGCGGGACCACUCCUCCCAUUUCCUGUGCCUUCACAAGUCCUACAGUAGCCUGUUACUAUUCUCUUGAGAUCAGAACUCUGCAGAAAGUGCUUCCCAAAUCAUUCCUGAUCUAAGGUUUUAAAAACACAGUAGUGACAGGUUUGCAGCAGCAUGGAGUAUUUCAUGCAUUUUGAAGCCCUAACUUGCUUCAAUUAAGAGCCUCUCAUAUAGAUAGAUAACUGCUGAAGAACAACAUCUUUUAUCUUGAUUACAUACAUCAGUUCCCUUGACUGCCAAAAAACAGUACAUGACUCUCUUUUGUGGAUUGGAGCUCCCCCUUGCCACCCCCCUGCCUUUCAGGAAUUAUUUUUACUUAUUCCAGGGCCCAACUACACUUGAUGCUAAUCAUGCACUUAAAGAAGCAUGCUUAACUUGCCCAUUUUAUUCUGGAGGGGAGGCAGAAAGCAACUAUAGGGCUUCAGUCUUUAGAUACACGUCCAAUUCAGAUCAGUGCCCACCCAACCCCUGGACAUUUGUCUUCUCUACUGAAUACCACACCCUCCUGGCUAUUUGCCCCCAAAUGUGCCGUGAACAGAAAAGUGAUAUGGAAUCCUGGAGAUUUUUUCUCUCUCUCAAACGGUGGCAGCCUGGCUAAGUAUCUUUUUCUUACUUUAAAUGUGACCAUCGUCAAACGAAGGUGAGCGAGCCCUCAACCUUGUGUCACAAACAGUCUCAAAAGAUUGUAAAUCCACACUGCAAUCCUUUACAGUUAAGAAGAAAUUUGGUGGGUUUUUUUUCUAAUAUAUAAUUGUCAGCACUUCUGUUGAUGACAUUUCUUGUGUUUGUCAGUAAGGCCCUCUAUAAAAAAGCUAUUUUCCAGGACAGACUUUUGCCAGCCUGGUGCUCUCCAUCUAGCUAUGGGGCUAUAAUUGCCAUCAGCCUUGGGCGGUACAGUUCUGCUGCCUGGGGGCUGAUGAGGAAAGAAUAGCUCCAAACAUCUUGAAGGCACCAGGUUGGCAAAAGCUGUUCUAGAAGCACUGAUCUAAGUUCCAAAAGGGGGGUGGUAGGUUGUGGCUUUUUGUUCCUUUUGCGUGAUAAUUGCACAGUCUCCUUUCUGCAAUGCCUGGAAAGCACACAAAGGGAGAAUGUAAUGCACAGCAGAAUGGUUAGGAAGCCAAAUGGCCAACCCUGAUGAAGCUGUGAUUGAUUUCUGGUGUGCCCACGGUUUUGCAGAAUGACUGCUGUCCAUAUUGUAAAUGGUGUGUGAAAGUUCUUUAUAAAGAGUUAACAGCAGAGUUGAAACCGGAUAGCCACCUGCUGUUAACCGCAGAAAUGCCGUCCAUAAUAAACUAUACUAAAAAGCAUGCUGUUUUUGCGGUCUCUGUUUUCGUCGAACAUGGGAAUGCCGCCUCAUUCGUAGGUUCCAGGCUCUGGCUUUGCUGGGCUGCCAUCUCCUGCCCACCAUUCUGCCAUGCAGAAACAUUGUAAAAACCUGUCUGCUUAUGUGGCACGCAGCUUUGGGAUUGCAUAGCAGGUAGAGAGUGAGGCUUCAGAAAUGCAGCUUGACCUACUGUUGCUUCUUGUUCCGCACCAUCUUAAAACGGUGAACAAAACCUGCCUUUUUGCACUACAGCCGCGUGUAACGUUAGGCUGGCCUCAGCUGCUGUGAAAAAGGAGACGUCAAGCCUUGCCCUUUAGCCAUUUGAGGAUUACUGGGAGAACUUUUGAGGGCUGUACUUGCGCUCAAACUGGUCAACGUCAAAUUUCCUCUUGCAGCCAGCAUAGUUCAUGUAGCGGAUCUUGCCAAAAACAGCCCGCUCUGCCCAGCCUUGGUCGUGGAUCCCACAAAUAGACCACAUGCAGCCUGAUGGAGGGGGAAAAAAAGAACAAACAGGUCUCUGCUUUUGCAUUCUUCCUCCCACCUUUCUCUGCAGUGUGCUGGCACAGACAUAGGUCUGGUUGAGUCCUGGUCUGCAGGGGGUUGGACUAGAUUGGCCCUUGGGGCCCCUUGCAACCCUAUGACUCUAUGAUUUAACCACCCAGCCUCUUCCCAUGACUGACCUACGUAUCCAUUGGGGUCCCGGCCAUCCAGUUCAUAGCGGUCAUUAAGGUAGAUGGAGAAUUUCAGGGCCUCCUCUGGCGAAGUGGUCCACUCCAAUAUUUUCUUGGCCCAAUACAUCCUCAGGAAGCCGUGCAUCUUCCCUUCAUGAACCAUCUGGAGCUGAAGCAGAGGGAUGGAAAGAUGGAUGAGCUAUGGAUGAGGCCUUCUUGGGAGGUGCCACCUGCCCUGUGGAAUGCCAUCCCAUUGGAUGUCAAAGAGAUGAACCAUCAUAUGAUUUCCUGUAUCAGGAAGCUUUUGAUGUUUUGGUGUGUUCUUUUAUACCUUGUUGGAAGCCGCCCAGAGUGGCUGGGGAUGUGCUUAUGGAACCAAAGGGGUGGUGGCCCAAAAAACUGGGGCGCACUGGUUUAGAUAAAAGGCAAGUAAAGGGGGGACUUUAUGGGUAUCCCAUAGGAGCAGCUGGUUGGCCAUGGUGAGAAGGAAGUUCUCCAUCAUCUCUUCCUGCUCCAUCACUAUUGUUCACACGCCCUUCAACAGCCGUUCCCAGAGUGGGUUCCAACAGUUUUAAAUUCAGAAUCAAAAAUAGUUAAAACUUAUGACAGUCACAGGGAUGAUGUGGGUCCUAUGCUCUUAACCCCACAAGCAGGAAAUAAAAACAACUCUACACAUUCAGAAACUGCCCUUCAGAAGGUAGUCUGCCACUGAACAUGGAGGCUCCCCAUUUAGUUAGUAUGGCUAAACAGACAUUUUUCUAA